CUCAUCUUGCAAAACCUAUCUGAUCUGACGCCAGACUCGACUCGUUGCCGCCGUCAAAGAGGCUCUCGGUCAUGUCGCUCUACGCAGAUGAGGAUCUGGGCCUGGUCAACGAUGUUCAAGAUGUCGACAUCGUCAGGUCUUCAGCCCUGGCAGGGCCCGCGGAUCCCGUUCAAGCUCUCACAGCUGCUCUGGCGUUACCUUCCGAAUCGGCAGCUCAAGCCGAAGCGCUUUUCGUAGCUGGAAGGAGAUUUGAAGAGCACCCAGAAAAGCUGCCAGACUUGUGUGGAAGAUUACUGCCCAUGGUCGUGGAUGGAGGAGAAACAUUGUUGAGAUCAUGGACAUUGGACAUGAUUGCACUUGCUGUUGGCCGAAGCAGUCUGCAAGUAGAUGCAAAGUCACAAGUCGCUCAGGCUUGUCUCGAAGCGCUCGUCAGGCUGCUCUCUAGCGAAUCCACCCGAACUAUCAAAUCUGUCAUUCCAAUCUUUUCGACCAUUCAUCCAAUACUAUUCAAGCUAUUAGCAACCGGAAGACCUCCCCAAAUCAUUCACGAUCUCUUCAUCGCGUCCAAAGCUCGAAUACUUUCUUUCGCUUUGGAUCCAAAUGCCCGACCUCAAAAUGCCGGCGUACGCGCAGCUGCCUGGAAAUUCGUUCAGAAAGUCCUUGUUGCAGGGACGAGAGGGCCCGUAGCUGAUCCACGAUUGAGGAAUCAGGUUCAGGGAGCCUCAGAUCCAAGUAUAGCUAUCAUCUCCAGGGACAGCUUGCUGAACGCUGCUGAGCUCGAGGAAGAGGCUAAAAUGCUUCAGACUCAACUGGUAACGCAACUCUAUUCCUCCAGCGACCCAACAGUUCUUCACCCCAUCAUCCAGACCUUCCCGGCUCUGUGUAAAGCGCGACCCAUGUUGACACCAUUGCUCGUUGGCUCCAUGACUUCAUGGACACCGGCGAUGAUGGAGGCCGCGGCCAAACCAGCGAUUCACAUUCGGGCUGUGGAAAAGACCCUCAAAAUGGUCAUGGAGCAUCUGAGAAAGGUUCCAUCUGUCAUUGCCUUUGCAGCUCAGCUCAACGAUGCUCUGAUACGACAGAAACAGAGAAUGGAGUUGGCGUUUGUGGCGGAGCAGGAGGCUCGAAAGCAGCGUCGUGAAGAAGCUAAAAUCAAGCAAGAAGCCAACAAGCAUUCCAUGGAGGCGGAAAGUAGUGAACAGGCCGCCAAGAGGGCGCGUAUGGAGAGCAGAGCGGGUUCAGGAAUGGGAAAAGGACCAGAAGUCGAUGUCUCAGUGUAUCCCCUCGAAGCGGUUGUCGAUGCUGUUAUGGCAGGCUUGCAUGGGAUCCCUCCUGAAACAUUGAAGAUGUCCUUUGAGGUUGCAAGGCAAGCUUUGGCGGAAAAUUCGCCCGACGCCAUACGUUUAUUAGCGCCGGCUCUCGGAGCGAAAGAGGAUGAUAAAGACGGCGACGAUGAGAUUUUGAAUCCCUUAGAAAUGGACAUGGAUGAUGAAGAUUUACUGCUCGCGGGUGACUUGGAUGAGGCCGAAGACGAGGAACCGACUACGUUUGUCGAAUUCCGCUUACCACCCCCCGAACCGCUGGAUCCUAGUGAACGGACUCGCUUAGCUGAUUCGGCUCUGCAAAGAAUAUAUCAAUAUGCCUCGGAUCUCUCCGCUUUGCCGGACCCGAAGGAAAACGACGGCAUCAAACUGGCAGUUUCACCGAAAGAUAUGUGGAUGCUCCUUGUGGCUAGGAUGGCUUCCCGAGGACCUGAAGACCGGCGGAAAGCGUUAACUGAGUACGUCUCCGCCGAUUUUGCUUCCAGAGCCAAGUUUGCAUCCAUAUGGAUCAACGAAGAGUGGUACAAUGAUUCGCUCAACGGGACCAAUCACUAUACAGCCAUCGUUGAAUCACUCGUCACGCCUUAUCUCAAGAAUGUUGAUCCGAAAGACAAGGCUUUCUCUUCUUUCCUCAACGCCCUGCCGUCCAUCCCUAAAGGUGUGAUUGCAUCUAUCGAGGGAGUCUGCGAGGAUCAGUCGCGAGGUAUAGUUGGUUUCAUGGCGCUGCGUGAUCUGCUAGAGACGCGUCCGCCCGUGCGAUCGCAAGCUCUACGAGUAUUAUUAGACCUCUGUACGCAUUCCGAUCGGAAAACACGAGUGAUGGCUAUCCAAACGAUCAGACGAUGGGUACCGGAUUCAUCCAUGGCUCCGACGAUUAUAGACUACGCGAUGGGCGUUCUUCGUCGCUUGAUUCCCACUGCGAAGUCUGAAGGAGGCAUGGACGAGGACCUGCCUUCUGUAACCGAGAACCGCUUCCUCGGCGAUGUCAACGAGGAGACUGUGCAACAGCAUGUCGAGCUUGCUUUCGCUAUCACUAGGCGGCAGCAGGACUUGCUCCAGAAUGUCUUUGACAUAUAUGCGAAGCUCGAGAAGCCGAUAGCCGAUCAAUUCGAGUCGCUCCUGACGCCUCUUAUACAAUCCCUUGGUGCAACUACCAAGCUUCUCGAUACCUUGCGGUCUUUCCCCCUUGGUGCGGAGAAGUUGGCUCUACGGGUCGUCACCAUCCUCAGUGCAGAGGGCGCCAGUCCAGUGCUGGUCUCACUGGUCAAAGGUCUGAUGGCAGAGAGAGAACUCGACCCGGGCUUCAUUAUCCCUAUUAUUGGCGAGCUGGACAAGGCCGAGAUCGAGAAGCAGCUUCCGAGGAUCGUCUCCCUGCUGAGCAAGCCGGACUCAAGAGAUACUGUCCGGACGGCGUUUGCUUCGAUCCUGCAGAAACUUACGCCUGCCGAUUUGCUGGUAUCAUUGCACGGCGAAGAAGCCGGCAGGAAGCUCGCCAUGGAAGCUAUCGGAUUAUGCUUCUCGAUGACUUCGGUCUUCCGGUCCGAUGUUCUCGCUACUGCCCUUGCCCGCAUCACUGAAUUGCCCACUUUACCCGUGGUCUUUCUACGUACGACUAUUCAAACGGUCACAACGUACAAGUCUCUCAUUCCGUUCAUCGCCAACAGCAUAUUGCCAAAAUUGGUCGCCAAAAAGAUUUGGGAACAAGGGCCAUUGUGGGAUGGUUUCGUCAAGUUGUCCAAGAUGAUCGCUCCUGCAAGCUUUGGCAGCCUCCUUCAACUGCCAAAAGAAUGGCUCAAAGAUGUGCUGGACAAAGAGCCAAAGCUGAAGACCGGACUAAAGGGAUACUUAGCGGGCAAGGGACAGCAAAGGGCUCUGUUGGAGAUUCUAGGCGAAGAUGCUUGAUAGUCAAGAUAGAGCUUCCGUUCGUCAGAAGAGAGUCGCUACACAGACUACACCUCUUGCACCAUUGCAUGUAUUCAUUCUUCCUGGG